AUGAUUGACCCUUAUUACGAAAGAUAUUGUAGGAGUAAAGAGCUUUUGCUAAACAAUUUACCUCAUGAAGUGAUUAAGUAAUAGGAAAAAGUAUCUAGAUAGUUUCUGAGGAGAUUCUACAUCAUUUAUAGAUCAUUUUUAGUUAUAAGUUUUUUAUAUGCUUCUGUAUCAUUAUAUUUAGGAAUUUACAUUUAACAACUCGCUCAAUAUAAAGUAGAAAGCAUUUUUAUGUUUACAGGAGUAGUUUUCUAUUUUCUUACUUCAUUCGUAUCAUUUUUAACACCAUUUUUCAGCUUGAAAACAAGACUUCAGAGAAUGGCUUGUAUAGCUAAUUACUUAGGAGGAUCUUUUAUAAUUAUAGACUCUCUUGUAGUAUUUAUAAUAUCACUAAUUGAUGAUUGUUGCGGAAUUUAAUUUUAAAUAGAUUCUCAGUAGGUGGUUGACAUGUGUUAAAUUUUAUAAAACGGUCAAGUGUGCUAAAAAAUAGGAACUUAGGAGUUGAUUUAAAGAAUAAAUAGUAAGGAAUUUAUAUAGUAAGUUUGCUAAGCAUAUUCUUGCACUGAUAUGGAAGUUGUUACUAUUAAAAAUAAUUUAAUAUAUUGGAUCUGCUGUAUAAAUUUCAUCAUAUUUUUUUUGGUUGGAGCUCUGUUCAUGCACCAACUAUUAAAGAAAAUUUAGAAAGUAGACAGUGAAAUAAAAAAAAUAUAAUAGGAUUAUGUGUAUUCAAAAUAUUCCAGCUCAUCUGAAUACUGA